AUGAAUUACCUAAAUGUUGUAAAAGCUGCUAUCUAUUUCAAAGAUAUAGAUAACAUGGAGAAAGAAUACAUUCAACACAUGGAUACACACAAGAAAGAGGUGGAAAUGAUUGAAAUAGACUCUUGUGCCUUUAAAAGUGAUCCGCUUGAAGUGAGUUACGCUGAAUUUGAGAAAUUAUAUCGAUUUUUUGAUUCCAAGUACAAGAUGCAUAAUUCAACUAAGGACAGUAUAACAAAGAAGUUAAGAUACGAGUCUCAGAGAUUACCAAAUGUGAUUGAUUUAUUGGAAGAGAGAUACAAUAAAGGUAAUGGUUACAUCAAGUCCAAAACAAGAUCAAAACUAUACGUUUAUUUGUAUAAGAGUUUGAUGCAGAUGCUGGAUGUGAAUUUAUAUUUCACAAGAAGAGAUGCAAUAGUUAAUCAGGUUGCAUUUUUAAAGAAAGCAUAUUCUAGGUAUAUUCUCAAGGUUAGUAAGUCGGAUGCUACGAGAAUAACAAGAAUACAUAGGGCAUUUAUUGCAUCCAAUCGUUUAUUUAAUGAAUUAGAAGAGAAAUAUGAGAAGUAUAAGGAGAGCAUAAAAAAACUCAAGUAUAUUAUUGAUGCAAUUGAUCAACAAUAUAGCAGAUAA